UUUACGAAAGAUUAGUAAUAGCAUAAUAUAUACUUUUUAAAAAUUCGAUAUGUUAUCGAUCUUUAAAUUAUUAGUAGAUUUGUAAAUAUGCCGGUCGUGACAGAAACAAUUUUACAGUUGGUUUGUUUACCUGUUUAGCAUAGUUCCUACGAGAUGCUUCAAAUAUACUUGACAAACAUACGUUUGGAAACGUAGUCGCGUUUAGUGGUUACCGAGGAAUCGAAGAGAAAUGAGAAACAAUAUUUUUACAAAAGUCUUUACCUACUGUUUCGUAACUGCAAUUAUCUGGUUUUUAUAUAAAUUGUUUAUUGAUCUCAAAUAUACAAACGACAUACCAAGAGUGGAAAUUGUAAUAGAAAAUAGAGAAAAUGUUGAAAUUGUUACCGAAAGUGAUACUAAAUUGGAGCUAAAGUAUAUUUUGCAAUGGACAUCACCAACUAAUGUUCCAUUCGUGUACUUAGGUAAAGGACGACAAGGAUUUAUAGACAGGAACUGUUCUUUCACCAACUGUUUCGUAACAGAUAAUGAAUCAUAUCUAGGUGAUUAUACAAAAUUUGAUGUAAUUGCAUUUGCUGGGCCGGAAGUUCGGUUUAUGACGAAACAAGCUUUUUUUGAUCGUUUACCCAAAAGAAGAUCACCACAUCAGAAAUAUGUUUUCGCUAGUAUCGAAUCGGCGGAAAAUUAUCCAGUAUGUUCUGAUUCAUUUGAUGGCUUUUUUAAUUGGACGUGGACUUAUAGAUUGGAUUCCGAUGCGCAAUGGGGAUAUAUAGUAAUACGUGAUUCUACGAAUAAAAUUGUGGGACCUAAAAAAAAUAUGCAUUGGAUGAAAUUAGAAGAUAUGGAUCCUGUUAGUGAAAAUUUAAGUAUAAUAUUGAGAAAUAAAACAAAAGCCGCUGCUUGGUUUAUAUCUAAUUGUUAUUCAAGAAGUGGACGAGAGAUAUUUGUUCAGAGAUUACAAAAGCGACUCGCGAAAUACGACCUAGGAAUUGAUAUUUAUGGUGAAUGCGGCUCUAUGAAGUGUCCUCGUGAUAGAAAUGAUGAAUGCAAUAAACUAAUUGAGAAAGAUUAUUAUUUUUAUCUCUCAUUCGAAAAUUCGUUUGCUGAAGAUUAUGUGACAGAAAAAUUAUUGCAUCCAUUAAAGAAUAACGCCGUGCCAAUUGUAUAUGGCGGAGCGAAUUAUACGAGGUUUAUGCCUAAUGGAAUAUAUCUAAAUGCAAGAGAGUUGGGUCCAGAAAAACUAGCUCUUAAAAUGUACGAAUUAAUAAAAGAUCCGGAAAUGUAUGCUGGUUUUUUUAAAUGGAAAAAUCACUAUUCUUAUUACGGCAGACACGAGAGCAUCGAAACGAAUGACUAUUGUAGAUUCUGCUCUAUGCUCAAUGAAGAAGACUUGGUUAAUAGAACAUCGGUGUACGAGAAAUUUCGAAGCUGGUGGGACCCACCGAGUCGUUGCUGAAGAAAAGUGCUGUCAUAGACUGCUUUAAUUUAAUAUGUUAUAAAUAUAUGGAAAUAUGUUUGGUGACGAUAAUUAAGUGAAUAUAAUAAGUGUGUUUAAUCGAGAUUAUUGGUGAAUUAUGAAUUCACCUCAGGAUAUUAACAAUAUAUAAUCAUAAUAACUACCACAGCCGGUUAUCAUUUCCCAUUACAGUAAUAAUACUAAUGAACAAUAAUUUUAUUCACAGUUACACAAUAACCGCCUUCAUUUUCAUUAUAAAGUUUGUUAACAAUGUUACUUGAUUCAUCUCAUCUCAUCUCUCAGUCGACUCAUCUCACCUGACUCCCGUUUUUUACAUAUGUAGUAAGAUAUUUUUUCACUUUGCAAUGAGAACUGACACAAUAAGAACUAAAGAAUCAACUUCUGAACCGACUUGAAUUUGCUUCAUGUAUCUGUUAGGUUAGUAAUGACUUCACCGAUUUUAUCCCUCCUUAGAAAUUAUGCUUGUAUGAUAAUAUAUUUUGGUUUUGGUUUUUGAGAUGUAUAAAUUUAAUAUUUUUUAUUUAGGCCUAGGAGGUUAUACGUUCAUAUAUAGUUUUAUUAUUCAAUAAUACUGUUGACGUAAUUUCAUUCUUAUGUUACCGGAUGAGAAAACGUUAUAUCGCACAACGGUUUGUGUUUUCGAUGUAUUGUCAAAGAUUUAUUACUGUAGAGUUAUUCUGUAAGAACAAACUCGUAACUCACGAUCGUGAAAUGUCAGAAUUUUAUAUGCAAUAUUGACUAUAAUUUACGAGAUCACACAUAUCAAAAUGGCGUAACACCGUAAGCCGACUGUCAAUAUCACGGAUGAGAUGCGAA